UGGAAGUAAUAUAUUGGAAAAAGAAAAUAUGGAUUAAUUUUUUUUUUCUCUUAAUAUAUAGAUUCCACAAAUAUAUCAUUGUACGUUAAAAUCUGGUCGCAAACAACUUGAAGUUACAUUAAUAACAAAUGAAAAUUUAAGUAAUAUAUUUAAAAUUGCUAUUGAAAAUGAUACUAAAAAUCCGGCAUAUUAUGAAGUUAAUCUUGAUUUAAUUAAAUAUCCUCUGCAGUUAACUAUUAUCAAGGAAAGUUUAUCUAAUCAGCAACAGAUUCAUGAUGGUCUUCAAUUGAAACCAUUAUCAAAACAAGUUAAUAUCACAGAUUUAAAUCAUUUUCGUGUACAAUUUUGUCUGCAAGAUGAUGGAAUGAAUAAUUUUAAUCAUCCAAAAUUGUAUCCAUAUUCAAUUGUACAAUCAAUUGAAUUGAUUGAUAUAAAUGAAUCGAUUAGUAUGAUGCAAGCUUCUUAUCCAGAAAAUAAUGAAUUAGGACAAUAUAAUAUCAUGACACGUGAAAUGAUUAGUAAACGUCAACAUGAAAAUAAUGAGAAUACUGUUGGAACAUUACCGACAACAAAAAUAUUAAAAAAAAACAAUUAG